AUGCUGAAAGAUCAAUUGAAGAUUGAAUUGAAAAAAUGGGAGUAUGCUUUCAUAAAGGAACAUGGCCGGGAUCCCAAUAAGGAUGACAUCAAGAGACUACCGGAGAUAAGGAACAUGUACAAGAAAUACGCCAGGCUGCGGAAGGACCACUCGCCUGUAGCUUCACAUUCUGCACAGGAGCAGCGUUCUUCCGCUAAAGCUUCUGUAAUGGAGCUGGGACCUACGCCUCAGAUAUAUGGCAAGGCGAUGAGUAUCUUUGAUAUGAAUAUCUCACCUAUUAAGACGUCUCCAAUUGACGGAACCAGGGACAGUGAAGAACCCGUGAUCAUAAAGCACACGACUGAUGAUCUCCCUGCGUGUGAGGACCUGCCAGUCAAGCGACAACUGACCUUCACUUCCCCUGCACCGAGUUCAUCGCCAAGAAAAGGGUCUGAUUGCAGGCACAAGGCAUAUGGUCCCAACUCGCCUUUGAAAUGGGAGAAGGAGAAUUUACACAUAAGCAUAAAAUGCGUGUCGCCGCUGAAGCGAACGCCUGUCAAAGGCUUUAAUCAAGGAACAGUUUCCUUUAGCCCUUCCCCUCUCGUACGGAGACCAUUAACUAGGCCCCUACUAGAAUUAAUGAAGGAACAUGAAGCCAUUGUGGAAGAAUUUAAGCAGAUGGAGGACAAGGACGAUGAGACUUUGCUUUCGUCGAAAAGACCUGACAACAUCUUUGCCGAGGAAGAGGAGAUAGUGCUGGAUGAUGAAAGGAAAACAGUAAAGACCAGAAGAAGGAAGAUACUGCGAAGAAAAGUUAUAGAAGAGCAGAAUGAGGGAAUUGAAAAAAACAUAGCGGAGGAAAUAACGAAACUGAAGCAGCAACGCGUCAAAGACUUCUUGGGUGUUAAUGAGAAUUCGACGGAAGAUAAUGACGAUUCAGCGGCAGGGCCAGAUCAACAGCAAGAACAAGGUAAAGAGACAAUAACGAAAUCCAUGCAGAAAGGCGGCAGGAAAAGAAAUAAGAAAUACAAUCUUGUGAGCAACAACUUCAGAAGGCUCAAACUGCCGACAAAAAAGGCAGGAAACCGUCGGUGGAAUAAUAGAAGACGAUAA